UGCUGAGAGAUGCUCCAGGCAGAGUCUGCUCCCCGUUCCAGGCAUGCACGCCUGGCUGGGGCAGGGCAGAGCCCGGCUGCGCUCCUGAUGCGCUUCGGGAUGGGUUUUAGGACCUAGCAAGUGGCUCGGGAUUCACCCUGAGUGCAGCGUCAGGAGCAGGGACAAAGCCUUUGGACAGCCAGCUCUGGCUGAGGUCCGGGCAGUGCUGCUCCUGGGGCUUUUCUGGGACAGGGAGGCUGGCCAGGCUGGAGGAGCCAUGCCUGGAGCCUGCUGUUCCCCGUGGGGUCUGAGCCGAGGGGUCCCCACUGUGGUGAGGAGGGUGGGAGUGCACCCACCACACAUCUGGGGUGGCUUGAGCAAGCGGGGACAGGACCGGGAGUGGGUGCUGAGUGUGGGCGCACCCAGGAAGGAGAGAAGGAGCUGGCAGGGUGUGAGAGCAGGAGAUUAGGGCAGGGAGGUCAUAAUUUCAGGGCGAGGAGGGUGGCACGGCCCCUGGGCUGAUGUGUGCAGGCGGGUUGUGCCCAGGGGUGCUGUCAGGACUGACAGCCCCAAUGCUGCGUGGGCUGAGCACAGCCCAGGCGUGGUCAGUGAGUGACAGUGUCACCCUGGGACACUGGCACGCCACGGAGCCACAGGGAUGCUGCUCUUGGAAUCCCGCAGCUCCCAAGAGUCCUGGGGAGAACACCCUGCUCCUGCCCCGAGGCUGUUUGUGUUUGUCCACAAGAGGGAAAUGUUUCUCCAGGAUCAUAACUUCAGCGAGUCCCAUCCCCAUCACCCCGCUGCCAUCACCCUGCUGCCAACAUCCCACUCUGGGUUCAGGGCUGCUUCCCCACCUGUUUCCUACUCACCUGCCCUGGUGCUAGCAGCUGGUGGCCGAUGCUGAAUCACUCUGGUCCACGUGCCCUGGUCCCUGCGCUCGGCUCCGUGCUGAAGGACCGACUGGCUCUGGGAUAAACGUAGCGGGGGCGAAUCCUCCGACGUCGCUGGGCUUGGCUCUGCUCAUUAAUUCUUGUGCAAAGCCUUGGCUUGUUUGGGGCUCACAGUGACUGGGGACCCGCAGCAGUUGGCUUGGAGCCAGUGAUCACCCUGAGGACUGUCCCCACGUGCUCUGGGCUGGGGUCCCGCUGCUGGGAAGGAGUUGCUGUGAUGCCACACCGAGGCUCUUUGGCAUCGAUGUUUACAGAGUUGUGAUCCCUAGAAAGGUGACUCAGCCCAGCUCCAUGUCCCUGGGUUUCCAUCUUCACUCUCCUGGCUUAGGGAAAAAAAUUCACACCCUGGCUCCUCUGAUGGCUCCUUUGACCCCAUCCUGGAACAAACCCACCCGUGAACUGCAAAGGGUGAUCACACCAUGCCACGAGGCCCCUGAGACCCCCAGGAGCUCCCUGUAUUUGGAGAUUGGCCACAAGAAACGGCUUUGGGGGCUUGGUGGGGCUGCCUGGUAUCUGUGUGCCAGCAGCUCCAUGCGGGGCGUUGCCCGGCCCCUGGGUCUCACUUUUCCUGCUCAGCAGGACACUCUUAUCAGCUGGUGUUGAUAAGGAUGAGCUCCAGCAGCCUCCGCAGUGUUUUGCUUCCAGGAGCUGUGGGACCUGAGCCAGCUGGGGGGGGGCUGUGGCUGAUGAGGGCCAGGAAAGACUGGACUUUGGAAUGGGAAAGGGUGAACGGGGGCAUCCUGGAUGGCUGGAAGUGAGCUUGGAGGUGGCUGAUUGCCUUAGGAGCUAUUAAUCCCUCCCCAAAAUUGGGGCUCAUUAGCCUGGGUGUAGCAGUCUGAUCACACCUUAAUCACACUUGGAGGUGGGAGAUGCACAGCGCAGCGGGACAGGGACAGGAGCUCCCUCCUGGGCCACCUGUUUGCCCUGUGAGAUGUAACCAGGGGCUACCUGGCCCCAUCUGCCCCAGCCCCGGUGGCAACUGGCCCAGGUGUCGCAUGGCUCAGCUCCCAGCAGAGGCGUGGAACUGUAGCAGGGCCCACAGCAGGGCAGUGCUGGGGGUAGGAGGAACUUUGAUGAAUUGAAUUGCCCCAGAGUUGCAUCUGAUAUGCCAGAAAUGGAGAAAAUUAGUCAUGAAGUGCUGCUCCACCCAUGGAGUGAAAGCUAACGGAGCAGUUUAACCCUGUGCAGGGGAGCCCUGACCUGGUGAUUGAUGCUGCAGGCUAGCAGAGCUGUGGCUGGGAGCUGUGGCUGGGAUCUGGCCACCCUCCAUUCCCUGGGCCAUGCCUGUGUGGAGAUGCUGAGGAUGUCCCUGCAGUAAUGAGUGUGUGUCCACAGGAGUGGGAACAUCCUGGGUGAUGGGACCAGGUAGGAUCUGUGUGCCCAGGUGAGCUGGCCCAGUUCCGCCUUGGUUCAGUGGAGGGUCACUCUUGGAGGAGCAGGGAGUGCUACCAGAGCACCAGAGCUUUGUUCCUGGCGCGGUGUUGGGACAGCAGGAUCCCCUUUGAGGGUCCAGCUGCUGCUGUUAACAGUGGGAGUGCAGCCCUGCAGGAGCUGGGGUAUUGCCCACUUGCUGCCACCGCUGCCCCCACUGCUGGCUUCCCCAGGAUGUGCUGAGUUGGGGAGGAUGAUGCCAAAGGCUUGGGCAGGCAAGGGCAGCAGACCCAGCUCUCAUGUGGCCACCAAUGCUGUGCCCUGAGCUUUCACUGACCUUGCCUGGGUGUCCUGGACCCUCCUGUGCUGAGCACACGGCCCCGCGGCCGCUGGGGGACAGUGGGGACAGCGGAGUGGUGGGCAGGGGGGAUCCCCAGCAGGACGGGCAGCUGUGCCAUGAGCCUGCCCUUGGCUCUGCUGGGUUCCCAGGGGCUCAGAUCUGCCCCUGUGACACCUCGCUGUGCUGGCUGAACCUUUCACUCAGGCGCAGCUGCCAGCACCGUGUCCCUGUCCCUCCUUGGCACUGCGGCAGAGGGGACCCGGCGCUCCCCAGCCCCGUGGCGAGGAGAUGCGCGGCGGUCCUGAGGGCAGGAGCUGCUCCCUGGGACCUGCUUGGGGAACGCGGAAGGGCCAUGUGGGCUGUCGGCAUCCUGGGCUGGCUGCUGCUGCUGCUGCUGCCAGUGUCCCGGGUGGCAGGUGCCCGACCCUGCAUCCCCAAGGAUUUUGGGCACGGCUCGCCGGUUUGUGUGUGCAACGCCACGUACUGUGACACGCUGGACCCCCUGGUCCUGCCGACCCCCGGCUCCUACGUCAAGUACGAGAGCAGCAAGGCCGGCAAGAGGCUGGAGAGGAGCGAGGGGAGGUUCCAGAGCAGUCUGCGCACCCCAGGUACGGCCACGGGUGGGUGGCGGUGCCCCCGAGGGACCCCUGGGCAGCACGGACUGAGCCGGGCUCUUCCCCCAGGGCUGCUGCUGACCCUCAACAUCUCCACGCUGUACCAGCACGUGAAGGGCUUCGGCGGGUCCCUCUCCGAUGCUGCUGCCAUGAACAUCCUGAAGCUGUCACAGCCAGCCCAGGACAACCUGCUGCGCUCCUACUUCUCUGAGAGCGGGAUUGAAUACAACCUCAUCCGGGUCCCCAUGGCUUGCAGCGACUUCUCUGUGCGCCCCUACAGCUACGAUGAUGUCCCUGAUGACUACGAGCUGAAGCACUUCAGGCUGGCGGACGAGGAUGUGAAGAUGAAGAUUCCCCUCCUGCGUCGAGCUUUGGCCAUGAGCAAGCGGCCGCUGUUGCUGUUUGCCAGCCCCUGGACUGCCCCAGCCUGGAUGAGGAGUAACGGGGAUGUCCGUGGGAAAGGGACUCUGAAGGGGAAGGCAGGGGACAAGUACCACAAGACCUGGGCCAACUACUUCAUCAAGUUCCUGGAUGAAUAUGCCAAACACAACGUGACCUUCUGGGCAGUGACGGCGCAGAACGAGCCUCUGGCAGGGCUCUUCACGCCCCCCCAGGCCCCCACCAUCGCCUUCACGGCCGCACAGCAGCGGGACUUCAUCGCCCAGGACCUGGGCCCCGCGCUGGCCCACAGCCCCCACCGCACGCGGCUCCUCAUGCUCGAUGACCAGCGCAUCCACCUCCCACACUGGGCCAAAGUGGUCCUGGGAAACGCCACAGCUGCCCGUUACGUGGCUGGCCUGGCGGUCCACUGGUACCUGGAUGCCAUCGUCCCGCCUGGCUGCAGCCUGGAGGCCACCCACAAGCUCUUCCCCGACCAUUUCCUCCUCUACACGGAGGCCUGCACUGGCUUCUUCAUGUUCCGCUUUGCCGUGUCCCUGGGCUGCUGGGAGCGGGGGGACCACUACAGCUACAGCAUCCUGACGGUCAUGAACCACUUUGUGUCUGGUUGGACCGACUGGAACCUGGUCCUGGAUCUGGAGGGAGGCCCCAACUGGGUCAAGAACUUUGUGGACAGCCCUGUCAUCGUGGAUGGCAGCAAGGAUGUUUUCUACAAGCAGCCCAUGUUCUACCACAUGGGGCACUUCAGGUGGGUCAGGGGGGCUCAGGUGCUGCCGCCAGGCCCAGAUCAGGGGCAGAACCCAUCUCCUGGUCCUCUCUCCACAGCAAGUUCAUCCCUGAGGGCUCCCGGCGGGUGGGGCUGCACAGCAGCCGCCGUUGCCUCCUCUGCCAGCUGGAGCACGUGGCCGUCCUGCGCCCCGAUGGUGCCCUUGUCCUGGUGGUCCUCAACAGGUCAGCCUGGGCAGGGGAUGGGGAUGAUGCUCAGCCCAGGCUGUGCAGACUGGCUCAGCCCCUCUCGCUCCCCAGGUUCAGCCAGGAUGUGCCAUUUGGAAUCCGGGACCCUGCCAUGGGCUUCAUUGAGACUGUGGCUCCAGCCCACUCCAUCCAGACCUACCUGUGGCGCCAGCAGUGAGAGCCAGGGGAGUGCUGAGGGGCUCUGGGGGGCUCUGGGGGUCAACUCUUCCUCCACCCUUUCCAACAUCCCUCAGGAGUGGCAGCAGAUGCCAGGAGUGCAGCCCCUGCACGAGGGGCUCCGUGUGCUCCUGGCACCGGGGUCUGGCCAGGCCUGCUCCUUCCCAGCCUCCCCUCCCUCCCGGCACUUCCCAUCCCUCUGGAAGCUCCCUCUGCAGCAGCUCCUGGACCACACUUCCACACGUGGCCCCCUUGAAACCUUCGCGUGUGUCGCGGGCGCCAAGUAAAAGCCAUGACGCUCUCCCUCUGGAAUGCGCCGUUCCCGUCAGUGUUUCCUCUACGCGCUCGGAAAUCGCUCGGUUUUCCUCGGCGGGGCGGCUCGGGGCCAGGGGUGCCCCGGGGGCUCCGGCCCCCGUGGCCUGCGGGUGUCUCCUUGUUUAUCCCUGCAGCUGGAGCCUCCGCCACUGCCAGCCCUUGAUUCAUUCCAUAUGUGCUGUUGGUUUUCCCCAGCUUGCUUUUUGGGGGAAUAUUUUAAAAAUCCAAAUGUCAGACGCUGUCGGAAAGGCAGAGUAAAUGAUAUCAGUGGCCCCAUCCACCAAACCUUACGGACAAAUUAGGCUGGUGCCACCGUCUCCAGGGUGGCCCCUGGACAGAGUCCCCUCUAUUCUGGCUGUGGCCAACACUGGCCACAACCCGCAAUGACCUCCCUGUCCUAUUUACUUUCCCUAAAUACCAGUUACAGUAUUCCCUGUGCCUUUGGGAACGUUACCAGCAUCUUUGAAGUACAGGAAUGAGAAAGCCAGAGCUCUCCUUGGCCAAUGCCCCUGUGUGAGAGCCACGGAACUGCUGAGGUUAGGGAAAACGAAAAACCCAGAGGCUUUACAGCUGGAUUAUUGGAGUGUGGUGUGAAGGUGGCACCGGGCUCCAUCCCAGCCCUGUUCAAGGAGCCUGUCCUGUGCUUUUAUCCGUGUUCCUGGGGAAUGCUGGCCCCAACGGCAGCUGGGUCGGGCUGCGUGUGCUUAGAAUCAUAGAAUAGAAUCAUGGAAUCCUUGAGGUUGGAAAAGGCCUCAAAGAUCAUCAAGUCCAACCGUUCCCCCAGCACUGCCAAGGCCAGCCCUAAGUCACGUCCCCAAGUGCUCCAUACACAUUUGUUAAAUCCCUCCAGGGAUGGCAACUCCACCCAGCCGAUGCCAGGGCUGGACAGUCCUGGCCAUGAAGAAAUUUUCUUUAAUAUUCAACCUAAACCUCUCCUGGGAAAUGCCAUAGCUCUCCUGAUGCAACUUGAGGCCAUUUCCUCUUGUUCUUGUUCCCUGGGAGCAGAGCCUGGCCCCCACCUGGCUGCCCCCUCCUGUCAGGGAGUUGUGCAGAGCCAGAAGGACCCCCCUGAGCCUCCUUUUCUGCAGACUGAGCCCCCCAGCUCUCUCAUCCUCUCCUGGUGCUCCAGACCCCUCCUCAGCUGCAUGCCCUUCUCUGGACAUGCUCCAGCCUCUCAAUGUCCCUCUUGUCAGGAGGGGCACAGAACUGACCCCCAGGAUUCGAGGGGUGACCUCAUCAGUGCCCAGCACAGGCUCACUGCGCUGGUCCUUUUGCCACACCAUUCUUGACACCUUGGGAAUGUCUCCUUCCCAAGGGACAUCGGAGCCCUCACCCCCGGUGCUCAGCAGGGCUCAGGGACAGGUGUGCAGGGCAAGGCUUUGGCUCAGCCCCUCUGGGCUGGCUCCUGCUCCUGCCUGUUUGGAGUUCAGCUGCUGUGGGAUGCUGUCUUCCCUCCGGACUGAAAAACCAGCUGGGAAACGGGGGGAUGCAACACCCCGGGCAAGGGGAGCGAGGGGUGGGGUGAGGCUGGAGGAACCACCCCCAUCAUCCCCACUGCCUGCAGCGUGUGCUGGGGGAACCCUUCUCUGGUGGCAGCAGGAGAGCAGGGCCUUGGGUGGGGGGCUGCGAUCUCCAGUGAGGUGCUGUGACUCUGGGCCAGAGGCUGUGACACUGAGUGAGGGGCUGUGGUCCCUG